AUUGAGAUUACGACGAUGCCCAUGCGUGUAUAUGGCACUGUCCAAUAGUAAUACAUUACAGCGUAUUCCUUUGCUGUAAAACUACUCCUAACGAUAGGAGAAACUAGAUAAUGCAAUCGGCUUAUCGAUCGUGCCCUGAGCCCCCAAGUCCCCAAGUAAAAAAAACUGUCCUAACACUCAUGUCACUUCGACCUUCGCAUGCCCAACACUCGCGCGAUAUUAGCAUGGCAGACCAUCCCGUUCCCACCCAGAGUAAGUAGCAAGAGCGUAUUGAAGCAACGGAGACGCCGAACAAGCAAUACGCCGACGUGCUCUAACCAGGCAAUUCCUCGAACCCAUUCGGGAGUGGAUCCACCGAAUCAAGGCGCAUAUGUGAGAGAGAAAGCGCAUGUGGAUAUCCUAAAAUCGAUGUGUGCACAUAUAUAUCAGGAAUAUAUGCGUGCCAUCAUCGAAAUGACGGCGGGAUAUAUUGUCCGACUAUGGCUGUGGGUUUUCGGAGCUAACAUAAAGUCGAGCGAUGGCUAGCACCGAUUCGAAAUUUGUACACUGGGAUGAGUGUCGACUGCGUUGCCGCUUGACUAUGAUAAUGAUGAAUAGUGAGAGUAUGAUGCCAAUAGAAAGACCAAAUGCAACGCGGGUCCCGUGUGUAUCGUCGAGUCAGUCGGUGACGAACCAU